GCCCCGCCCCUCCCGCCCGCCGCCGUACCGGAACGCGCCGGGGAAGGACCGGAGAGCAGCCGCGGGAGGAAAGAGGAACGGACGCGGCGGGAGCGGGCCCCGCGGCGGAAGAUGGCGGCGGGCGAUGGCGCGGCCGAGGGCGCCGCGGGGCCGGGGCCGGGGCCGGGGCCGGGGCCGGGGCCGGUGUCCUUCGCCUUCAGCCGCAGGGCCGAGCGGCGGCGGCCCCUGCCCGCGGGACCGUGCGCGGAGCCCAGCGCCGGCGGUGACACCGAGAGCGACACCGACUUCCUGACGGCCGUGGAGGACCGGGAGCUACUCAGCACGCGGCCGGCCCCGCCCCCCAAGAAGGAGCUGGUGAUCCCCCUGAUCCCCUCCCACCGCUGGAGGAACCCGGAGCCCCCCCGCGCCGACACAGACCCCGCCCCCAGCACAGACUCCGCCCCCCGCCCAGACCCCGCCCCCCGCGCAGACUCCGCCCCCGGCACCGACCCCGCCCCCAGCGCGGACCCCCCCUCGGUGGAGGCUCAGGCGGUGCAGGAGCUGCUCCAGGAGGCCCGGCAGAGCCAGGAGCGGCCCAACGGCGACCCCGGCCCCCCCGUGGCCAUCCCCCUGCAGCCGCCGGAGCGGGAGCGGGACCGGGACAGGGACACGGGCACCGGGGCACUGCCGACCCCCCAGGACUACGCGGCCGUGCCCGUGGGGCAGUUUGGGCUGGCCAUGCUGCGGGGGAUGGGCUGGAGCCAGGGCCAGGGCAUCGGCCGCACCUUCGCCAGGGUGGUGCCCCCCCUGGAGCAGCGGCCCCGCCCGCGGGGGUUGGGGCUGGGGGCUGAGGCCGCCCCCCCGGGACCCCCAGAGCCGGGGAGCCCCCAGGGCCCGGCCGUGGGAGACACCGUGGGCAUCGAGCCCUAUAGAAUCCAUACCCCCUGCCCCCCCAGCGGGCUGCCCUACUACUGGAACGUGGACACGGACCUGGUGUCGUGGCUGUCCCCGAGCGACCCCAACUCCGUCAUCACCAAACCCGCCCGGAGAGCCGAGGAGCCCCCCGAGAAGGAGGAGGCGCCGCGGGAGCGCCGCGGGCACCGGCGCGAGGAGCUGGCCCCCUACCCCAAGGGCAAGAAAGGCGGCCGCAAGGACGAGGAGCUGGACCCGAUGGACCCCAGCGCCUACUCGGACGCGCCGCGCGGGACCUGGUCCACGGGGCUGCCCAAGCGCAACGAGGCCAAGACGGGCGCGGACACGACGGCGGCCGGGCCCCUGUUCCAGCAGCGGCCGUACCCCAGCCCCGGCGCCGUGCUGCGCGCCAACGCCGAGGCCUCGCGCGGCAAGGACUGAGCGGCGCCCCGGGAGCGGGACACCCCCAAACCGGGGACACCCCCAAAAUGGGGCACCCCCAGAAUGGGGCACCCCGAAAUUGGGGGCACCCCCAAACCCCCACCAUCCCACCCAGGAACCCCGAAACUGGGGCACCCCAGAA